AAUCAGCCAGAAAUAGCGAAAUCGCCAUUUAGUACUGCAAUUUGCUUCAUGCUAUUGUCUACUUUUCAUACUCAUGAAUUGGCCUAGCAAUCUUCUCAAUCUAAUUAUAUCAUCAGUUCUUUACAGAGUGUGCAUUUCCACUGAACUGAUUACAAGAGAAAGCACUAUCAGAGAUGGUGAUGUGUUGAUCUCCAGUGGUGGAGAGUUUGCUCUUGGCUUCUUUAGCCCUGGCAAUUCUAGCCAUAGGUACUUAGGAAUAUGGUACAACAAAAUUUCUGAGAAAACGGUCGUGUGGGUCGCCAACCGGGACAACCCCAUCAAAGAUACUUCAGGACAUCUCGGUAUCGACAAUCUGGGGAAUCUGCAACUCUACGACACAAAGAGAAACAUCUCUGUUUGGGGCAGCAAUCUUUCAUUAUCUUCAGUGGUGAGUGACUGUGUAGCUCAAGUUUUGGAUUCGGGUAAUCUCGUUCUGUUUCAGGAUGGCAAGAAAAGUUCAGUCCUUUGGCAGAGUUUCGACCAUCCAACAAAUACUUUGCUCCCCUCCAUGAAACUCGGGCUCAACCGCACCAGUGGCCUAAAUAGAAUCCUCACGUCUUGGAAGUCUCAGGAUGACCCCGGAAUGGGAACGACUUAUUACAUGAUCAACCCCAGUGGUUUCCCGCACUUCACCUUGUACAAAAAUCAGGUUCCGUUGUGGCGACCGAACCCCUAUAACGGAAUCAAAUUGAUUGGGAUUCCCGCUGAAGACCAGUCCUCAUUUUUCAACUUAAGCUUCGUAAUUGAUGCUGAUGAGGUCGUAUUGGUGUCAAAUGUUUUUAACUCAGCGAUCCUCGUGAGGGUAGUGGUUCAAGAGUCUGGGAUUGUGCAACAGUUCACUUGGGUCGAAAACAAAUGGGUCAAUUUUUUAACCAAACCAGAGGAACCGUGUGACUCCUAUGGGCAUUGUGGUGUCAAUGGAAACUGUGAUUCUAGUAGCAUGGACCAAAUUGGUUGCAAGUGCCUACCCGGGUUUUCCCCUAAGUCCCCGAACAAUUGGCGCAUGAGAGAUAGUUCAGGUGGGUGCGUGAGGAAGAAUCAAGAAUCAGUUUGCCGGAAUGGUGAAGGGUUUGUAAACGUACCUGACGUAAAACUGCCAGACACUUCGGUCGCAUCUUUUGACAGGAAUAGGACUUUGAGGGAGUGUGAAAGUGAAUGCCUGAGGAAUUGUUCAUGCACGGCCUAUGCAGAUGCAGAUUUUACAAGAGGAGGAAGUGGAUGCUUGAUGUGGUACGGAGACUUGAUGGAUACAAGAGAGAUCUCAGGCGGAGGACGAGACUUAUAUGUGCGCGUGGAUGCACUUGUAUUAGCUGAGUUUCAGAAGAAAGGAUUUUUUUCGAGGAAAAAGGUGUUGGCAACCUUCAUAGGGUUAGUUUCUGCUGCAGCAAUAAUCUUUCUUGCGGUGUCUAUCGUGCUCAUGAAAAAGAAAAGAAACGGCUCUGAGGAUGGAGAAGAGCUAGAUGGAACAACAAAAGAUCAAGAGUUACCUCUCUUUGAUAUCACCACAAUUAAAGCUGGCACAGACAAUUUUGCCUCAACGAACAAGCUUGGACAAGGAGGAUUCGGUCCAGUCUACAAGGCGAUAUUUCAAGGGCGCUUGACCAGUGGACAGGAAGUAGCUGUGAAGAGGUUAUCGAAGAGUUCAGGACAAGGGAGUCAAGAAUUCAAGAACGAAGUCAUGCUUAUAGCCAAACUCCAACACAGGAAUCUCGUGAGGCUUUUGGGCUGUUGCAUCAGUCAGGACGAGAGGAUGUUAAUCUAUGAGUACUUGCCUAACAAAAGUUUGGACUGCUUCAUUUUCAAUGAAGAAAAAAGGACAACCCUUGAUUGGAACCAACGUUUCAAAAUUAUUCUUGGAAUUGCCCGAGGAGUUUUAUAUCUUCACCAAGAUUCAAGACUUAAAAUCAUACAUCGAGAUCUCAAAGCGAGUAACGUCCUCCUCGAUGCUGCAAUGAAUCCGAAAAUUUCCGAUUUUGGGAUGGCUAAAAUGUUUGGAGAAGAUCAGAUCCAAGCGAAUACCAACAGGGUGGUCGGAAAAUAUGGUUACAUGUCUCCUGAAUACGCAAUGCAAGGACUAUACUCAAUCAAAUCCGAUGUUUUCAGCUUCGGUGUCAUAUUAUUAGAAAUAGUUAGUGGCAAGAGGAAUACUGAUUUCAACAAUGACAGUUCAUAUCUCAAUCUAAUAGCACAGGUUUGGAGCUUAUGGAAAGAAGGAAAAUCAUUAGACAUAGUUGAUUCAUUGAUGGCCCAACCCUACAACUCUAGUCAGGUUUCGAGAAGCAUCCAAAUUGGCCUAUUGUGCGUACAAGAAUGCGCGGCAGACCGGCCAAGCAUGAUGGACAUUGUCUUAAUGUUGGGUAACGAGGCAGCUCUUGCGUCUCCUAACAGGCCUGCAUUCAUUUUGAACGGAAGCGGCAAUACUCUCGACCUUCCACUGAUUGCAGCAGCUUCUACAACCAAGGUAACCAUAACCGAGCUCGACGGUCGAUGAUUGCACUGGAUGUGACCAUUGUUUUAUAUUUCUAUGUUUCGAAUCAGAUAAAGCAUUCCCAUGUAGCCAAAAAAAAUAAUACUAAGAGUGCUCCUUUAGAGGUUACCAGGACAGGAUUGUAACAACUGCCAAAAUGGAGUUCAACUAUCUAAAUGCAGAAUUCCAGGCAACAAAGACGGAUCAACAGCUUGUAUCAAGAGAUUAGACAUUAGUAAUAGGAGAUGCAGGACGAUUCUGUUGCUCUGUGCCCGAAAUAACGAACUGUCCUUGUCUGGUUAAACUCAUUAUCAUUAACUUAUUUUUAUCUUGAUUGCACGAAAAAUCCCCAAUGUAGCUUCUAACUAGACAGAUUCCGAAGCACGUGACAUUACAUCCAUAAAUGCUCACCUUCUGUAAUAGUGAAACAGCAAGCACAGCUCUUUUCCCUCCAACAAAAGUUUCAAUUUGACUUAGAAUCUUUUUUAUUCAUCUAA